AUGACUGCCGAAGCCUCUCGCAGCAUGACCGACCUGCCCGUCCUCCGGGUCGAUGACCGAGAAGCAAAAAGCGAUACCAGCAGCUGCAGCGAGAACGGGCUUACCCAAGUUUUUUAUGACUCUCUUGAGCAACCGUACAGCACCUCUGAGGAUGACAAGGCGACGUACACCGUCAAUGACGAGCCAGUCAUUCUAGAUCUGUACCCGAAGCUCCGCUACGAGAGUAUCAAGAUUACCGGCUCGCCAGAGGCCUGGGUCGACAGCGUGUUACCAGGAGCGGUGAUCCCGCGCGACGUACCAGUUCCGCUGGCUUUCGAUGACAUACCCGAUGACCUUCGUCAAAGCUUCCCGCUUAUCAAGUACAAUGGUUCCUACAGCUCCCGGAACUACGGCCUGCACCAGCAGGUCGCCGACGACAAGAUGUGCAUGAGAGCAUUGAUGACACCCGACGGAUGCGAGAACGCAGACUGCUGGUUCCAGCACCUGCCGCCUACCACAAUCCAUAUCGCAUUUUAUCUGACGCUGGGACCACUCGGCAAGAAGCUGAUAUACAACCUCACCAAGCAUUUUCUCGCGCAAUAUCCAAAGUAUCGUCAUGGAGAAACCCCCAAGGUCGGAAAGCGGCCCAUUGGGCAGAUUACUGCUAGCAUCAGCGACGAGCAGAGGGACGACGUCAUGCCGACCGGCCUUAUGAAGUACGACCACGUCAAUAUGACCGCGCUCAAGUCGAGCAUCCUUGGCGACCUGUUUCAGGUCUGGGAUGAGCUACGACACAACCAGGCAUGGGACGACGCCGUCGCAGCGCUCUCGCGGGCCACGAUUACCCCAAGUAUCCCUUCUGUGGCCAGCAAGACGCUGGAGCAGCUCAAGACGCAGAAGAACCCGGCUGCUCGAAAGCUUGCUCUAGCGAUGAUUACUGCAGCGCAACCUACCGCGACGUCUACUAUUCCCAGGAUGACCCCACGCGCACAGCCUGCAGCUUCGAUUACUUCGUCUCAAGACACCAUCAACAAGACGGUGCAGAAGACAGGCAACACCAGGAAGAGGCUAGCUACCAAACCAAUGGUGCCAACUGUGGCAAACAUGGAGUCAAUGAACCCCGGUAAUGACGUCGACUUUCAUGCCAAGGCAGAGCAGCCCCGGAAGCAUCGCAUGCUCAACGAGGACGGCUCAUUCUCAGACAAGGCACCAGGUCCGGAGAUGACACUAACCGAAGCAUGGGCAGAAGCUCAGAUGAUUACCAAUCCUGCUGUUGCCGCGAUGACUGAGGUCGAUAUGGAGCGCGCUACCGCCGAGAUUCCUGAGAUUACCCAUGGGGACCCUCAGCCCGCUGGUGUCGAGAUGACUCGUAAGGAAGGGGCGGCCUCAGUCCACACAGACACUGAUGAUGGUUUUUGA